UUGACGUUUAUACUCAGUGUUAAUAAAAUGCGAGUGUAUUAUGUACAUGUGUAUACAAAUUGUCAAAGUAUAAAUGGCAAAAAAUAGUGGACUGAUGACAGGUGGGAACACGAGCAUGUGUAUUUAUUUGAAAUAAUAAUUCGACGAAGCGACUCGAUGAAAUGAGAAUGAAAAGAAGUAACAUCUGUUAUGUUAAUAACCAAUCUAUCAGUCCGACGAGCUGUGACAAUUGUUAAUCCAUGAACGAGCUCGAUAUUUCAUCGCAGUGAAAGACUCCUGAGUCACUGGGAAGAGUCGACGAACAUCACAUGUAAUAAUUCAUUGGUAACAGCCACAUCCAUACGAGCGUUAAAAACGGUAAUACAAUGCAGAAGGGAAAGGAAAUAAUGAGGAAUUGUUUUCAAUUGUUGGUGGUUUUUCAAUGCCUUGCAAGUUGUCUUGGGUCUUACGAUGACUGGGAUGGAGAAUCUUUUCGCCAACGUCCUUGUCCAACUCUAUAUCGACGUGUCUUCACCAGUUAUACACCGAGAGGAAAUUUAACAUUCGGUAUAUAUACGAAAAAACCCUUCGUGAUGGGAAUGAAAGCCUGCGUUGAUACAUGUUGCUCAGAGAGCAACUGCCACGUAGCUUUGAUGCAUAAUGGCACGUGUUUUCAUGUGCAAUGCACAAGCUCAAAAAUGUGUACACCCCUGUAUCGACCUGAAUUAUCAACACUAAGUGAUCCACCGAGUAUGGUAUUAGUUAAGCCAGUUGAGGAGGAUGAAGACAUCAGGUGGAGGGACCUUGUGGAUGAAAUGGACGACAAUUCACCAUUAUUGAUGCAGGCUGCUGCCAGAGAUCACAUGAUGUUUCAUUCAGUAACUUGUUUGGACACAUCCGAAUGCCAAGAGAACGAAAUCUGUAUUAAACACGAUAAAAAUGACGACGGAGUGUGUGAAUGCGCCGUAGGAUUCAAACGAAAUAUAGCAGAUACCUGUGGUCCUAUUGAUUCAAUAAAUCCCGGUGAUUUGGCUGGGAAUAUUGUUGGAGUUGAGCCGUCGAUGGAAAAAGUAUCGUCAUUGAUGCCCGAGACUAAACCACCACUCAAACAACUCAUAGUAUCUGCUGUUUCCAAAGAAGUUCGUUUACCAGAAAAUGCUGUGACACUCUCAGCAUUUACUGUACCUGCUGAACAGGGUAAUGAGCAUUACAAUUACGCUUGGAGUCUUCUAAGUCAACCAGAAGGACACACUGGAACAAUGAUUGAUCAGAAUAGAUCUACAGUUAAACUCAGUAAUUUAUCGGAGGGCUUGUACAGAUUUUUGGUGACAGUAAACAGCCCGACGGCAUAUGGAAAAGCUUACGCCAAUGUAAAUGUUCUUCCACCGAAGAGAGUUAAUCAGCCUCCAAUAGCCAUUGUCUCUCCAGCCUCUCAGAUCGUUAAACUACCAAAUACCGGUGCAGUGCUCGAUGCAUCUGACAGUAAAGACGAUGACAAAAUAAUAUCCUAUCAUUGGGAGCUUCAGCAAGGACCAAUAGGCUAUCAAGCCAAUCUAGUUGAUACACCUACACUGCAAUUGGAUAAUCUGAUAGCUGGUAAUUACACGUUCAAACUGACCGUUGAAGAUUCAGACAACAUAUCUAAUUCAACGUUCGCCAAUAUCACUGUACUUAAAGUCACUGAUUAUCCACCGAGUGCUAAUGCUGGUCAAGACAUAAUAAUUUAUCUACCUCAGAAUACAUUGACACUCAAUGGAAAUUUGAGCACCGAUGACAGAGGAAUAGCAAGUUGGCAGUGGACGAAGAGCCCAUCCGAUCAAAAUAAAGCUGUUGAUAUGCAGAAUACGAGAACACCUUAUUUGCAAUUAUCAAAUCUUGAGGAGGGAAUGUACACAUUCGUUCUGAAAGUAACUGAUGAUUCGGAACAGUCGUCCACCGCUGAAGUUCACGUGUUUGUCAAACCACCAACGAAUAAACCCCCAACAGCAGAUGCCGGUGGAGAUAUUACAAUAGCACUCCCAGAUACUCGAGCGAUAUUGAAUGGUAGUAAGAGUAUGGAUGACAUUAAAAUCGUAUCGUACCAUUGGCAAUUAGUCAAUGGCCCCAGUAGAGUUCAAUUUUCCGCUGCUAACGAGUCCAUAACGAAUGUUACGAAAUUAACUAAAGGAGAUUACACAUUUAAAUUGACUGUUAUUGAUGACAAUGGUAAUAAAGACUCGGACAUUGUUAAUGUUAAAGUAACGCAGAAUAAAAAUGCCCCGCCAAAAGCUAAUGCGGGUGGUGAUCAAGUGGUUGUUGCACCAGUUAAUGCAUUGAUAAUAAAUGGAUCUCAAUCGAGUGACGAUUUGAUGAUUGGAAAGUGGCACUGGACGCGGGAUCCAACGAGUUUAGCCAUCGGCAACAUCAUCGAAGGUACUGAUCAAUCGCCUGUUCUCAUGAUCACUGAUGUUGUACCUGGUCGCUAUAUUUUCAAGCUAAAAGUCACUGAUGACGAUGGAUUAUUCUCUGAAGACACUGCUUCAGUCAUUGUAAAACCAGAUCCACAACUCCUUCAUCUUGUUGAAUUAACACUGAAUAUUGAAGCGCAUUCGUUGACAGAAUCCCAGAAGGAUUCCCUCGUGCUCAAGCUCCAAAUGUUACUGAGAGAGGAGGCUGUCAUCGUAAUGACAGAUUUGAAAGCAGAACAGAGGACUGGGCGGGCGCGAUUGGUGUUCUAUGUUCAGGAAAAAGGUAAAAAAAUAUCAUUACCAGGGAUUGAAGUUGUACGACGGUUGAGAGAGAAAUUGUGGCAAGACUCUGGACUCCUGCAGCUAUCUGUUACAUCGAUUGACACUGCCAUUUGUCAAAAUAAUUGCUCGGGGCAUGGAGUGUGUGAUGAGGAAUCCAGGCAAUGUCUCUGCCAUGCAUUUUGGAUGCAAAAUCUUAUUCAAAAGUACUUCGGAAAUGGCGAAUCCAAUUGCGAUUGGAGCAUUCUCUAUGUGAUAAUUGCCCUGAUGUCUCUGGUGGUUUGCUGGGUAAGCUUAGCCUGGGCUUUUCUGUGCAUGUGUCAGAGAAUUUGCGCGGGUAGACGACACUCCAGACCAAAGAAGAAACCAGCACGUUAUUCACUUUUACAACCAGAGCCAGAGGACGAUGGAAGUGCAUACGGUCUUCUUCCAGUUUCAACCCAUAAAAUGGUAUUAUCAGAAUCGGAUACCGACUCUGAUGAUGUAUUAUUUGAACAUCGAAAGAGCAAAAAUAAUGGUAAUAUACACGUUAGAAAUGGAAAGAGUCGAAAUGGUUUUGUCAAAAGUGGCUCUCGAAUUAAAACAUGAGAAUUACUCAAAUGGUUGUUUACGUCAGUAAUGAAAUGCACAGUCUGGACAUUAUUUGGCCAAGAGUACCACAACUGCUACUAGUCAGUAACCGAUAAGACUACAGUAUGAUCUCUACGGUCAUGUCGUCAUAAACACAACGGCUACUUAUGUUAUUAUUAUUAUUAAAUGGGGAAAAAUCGACAAACAAGAAUCAGGAGGAACAACUACCGGUGGUUUUCUGUAAUGUCGUGCAUCCUGAGGCCAUCAUUUUCUGUGUGAUUCGUCGUAUCGUCGUAUCGUGUCGAAUAACAUUUUUAUAUAAGUAUUUCAAUCAUAAUUACGUACACAUCCGUGUGUAUCUGAAGGAAUCAAAGCCUAAAAAUUAUUUCACGUACGUUUUAUUUGACCCAUAUCCUUUUUUAUUCAUUUUCCCAUAUACUUAUGCGAUAAUAUUCUAAGAAAAAUAACUCACGACGAAAAUUAUCUGAAGUAUGUUGGAAUUCAUUGAAUGAUACCAAAAAAAAUCCAGAGAAUACGAGAUUUAUAUUUAUAAAAAUAUGAUUUUGAUAGUUUUACAAAAGCAUCAGAUGUGAAUGGAGAAUGCUAAUUUAUCGUCUUAUGUUGCGAAUAAGGAAAACAAUGCUGACGUCUUUCAAUAAAGAUUCAAUUAUUCGAA